ACCUGCUGAGCUCCUCCAGCACUUUGUAUCCGUUGUUCUGGAUUUCCAGCAUCUGCAGAAUGCCUUGCGGUUGCGAUUUUUAGUCGUCUGAUAUUUUGGAUAAGUGUGCCCACCCGUACUACUGGAAGUGUUCGGAUCGAUUUACACCCAUCCACAAUCCUCUUCACACCACGUCCCUUCGGUGAUUCUACCCACACCCCUCCCCAACCGGCCUUGCCCGGAGCGAGCGCAGUUUACGCAAGUUUAUGAAACUUAAUUGAAACGCUGAUUGGGUGUAUGUCGGAGCCAACAGUGGCUGAUCUUUAACCCUCGUCCUGGUGGCUAAAUGACUGUUACACAUUUUGUACUCAAUCACUCGACUGCGGAAGGUGGAUGAUUGAAACAGACUGAUCGAAUUGGGUUGUCUGCUGCAAAAUUCUUGCUCGCCAGUAAAUGAACCGAAUCCGGGCAGCGCAGUAGCUAGCUCGCUCGCUGUGGCUUUGCCUUGCAGUUUCAUGUUAUGGGCAAAUCUGAUAGUCAAAUGGACAUGAUUGACGUCAACCCAGAAAAAUCAAAGAGGUCGUGGAAAUCGUGGAGCUCCUUGGAGAUUGGACUGACCGCCAUCGUGGUCUUGCUCUUUAUAGUGGUCGUCAGUUUGAUCGCGCUUUAUGCAACUCGAAAAGAUGAAACAUGUACCACAUCAGAAUGUGUAACAACAGCGGGCCAGCUGAUUGAGAAGUUAGACACAACAGUGAAUCCUUGUGAAAACUUUUACCAGUACGCCUGUGGCGGAUGGCUGAAGAAGCACGUUAUCCCUGAUAGAAGCUCUCAAUACAGUACCUUUGACAUACUAAGGGAUGACCUGGUCGUCGUUCUGAAAGAUGUUUUGGAGAAGCCGGGAGAUGAAGGAUCCACUGCGAUUCAGAAGGCAAAGAUGCUGUACCAGUCGUGUUUAAAUCAGACGGCAAUUGAGAUCAGAGGAGGUGAGCCAUUGAUCACCAUGCUGCGUGGUUUGCAGGACUGGCCAGUUGCAACAGAUAACUGGGAGACCACUGCUGGUAAGAACUGGUCACUUGAGGACGUCCUUUCAACAAUGUUUUACAAGUAUGGAACGAAGCCCCUCAUCAACGUUCUUAUUGGAACUGAUGACAAAAACUCAAGUGCUAACAUAGUCCAUAUUGACCAGCCCUACUUUGCGCUGCCUUCCCGUGAUUACUACACAUGUAUAGGAGAAUACAAAGAGACAUGCAAAGCAUACACCAUGUUCAUGCACGAUGUCGUCAGCUUAAUCAGAAAGGAUAAAGGUCUGAAGGUGAAUGACUCUGAAAUCACAAGGGAGUUGGAAAUUGUCAUGCAGUUUGAGUCCGAGAUUGUCAACGCUUCAGCCAAGCCUGAAGAUAGAAACGAUCCUACCAAACUCUACAACAAAAUGAGUCUUUCUGAAGUGAUAACUAAGUAUCCAAUAUAUCUCCAGAAUAAUGAGCGCUUCGACUGGUUGGGUUUCAUCAACAAAAUCUUCUCGAGUGUGUCUCUGACUUUAAAUGUUUCAGAAGAAGUUGUUGUUUAUGCACCUGAAUAUCUUCAGAAAAUAAAAAAUAUCAUCAACAACUAUAGUCCCAGGGAGAUUCAAAAUUUCAUCAUGUGGUCUCAAGCAAUGUCCUUCGUGGGGAGUCUGAGCAGUGCCUACAGAAACACACGAAAGGCUUUCCGCAAGGCUCUCUAUGGUAUAACAUCGGAGAUGGCAGAGUGGAGAAAGUGUGCACAGUACGUCAAUAGCAACAUGGAUAAGGCAACUGGACGACUCUAUGUGGAAGAAACUUUUGCUGGAGGAAGUAAGGAAAAGGUUGAGGACCUGAUUGAGGAGAUCCGUAAUGUCUUCAUCCAGAACUUGCAUGAGAUCAGUUGGAUGGACCAGGAAACCAAAGAAAAAGCAGAAAUCAAAAUGAAGGCAAUCAGACAGAGAAUUGGAUACCCACAGGAAAUCAUGGAAAAUGCCAAAUUGGAUGAAGAAUACAACGAUUUGCUAGUUUCCUCUGAUGAAUAUUUCAGCAACAAACUUCAAAUUCUAGGGAGGUCCCAGAAACGUAAGCUGCAACGGCUCAGAAAUAGAGUUGAUAAAGAGGCGUGGAUUUCAGGAGCUGCUGUGGUAAAUGCAUUUUACUCUCCAAGCAAAAAUCAGAUUGUUUUCCCAGCUGGUAUCCUCCAGCCACCUUUCUUUAGUAAGUCACAGCCGAAUGCAUUGAACUAUGGAGCCAUUGGUAUGAUCAUAGGCCAUGAAUUCACCCAUGGAUUCGAUGACAACGGUCGUAACUUUGACAAAGAUGGCAACCUGCUGGAUUGGUGGAGCCAGCAAUCUGCAGAAAAUUUCAAAAACCUCUCGCAGUGCAUGGUGUACAAGUAUGGGAACUUCUCGUGGGAUACGGCAGGCGGACAGCAUAUCAGUGGUAUAAACACCUUGGGAGAGAACAUUGCAGAUAAUGGAGGCAUCAGGCAAGCCUUCGAGGCUUAUAAACAGUAUGUAAAGAAAGCUGGGGAAGAUCGUCUGCUACCAGGGAUCGACCUGAACCAUGAUCAACUCUUCUUCCUGAACUUCGCCCAGGUGUGGUGUGGAAAAUACAGACCUGAAUAUGCUAUCAACUCCAUUACAACUGAUCAUCACCUCCCAGGGAAGUUCAGAGUUUUAGGAACUCUCCAGAAUUUUGAAGAGUUCAGUAAUGUCUUUCACUGCAGGAAGAAAGAAUAUAUGAAUCCCAAGCAGAAAUGCCGUGUUUGGUAAUCAAACCAUUCUACUGUACCUUCAAGUUGUUUGGAACUCCUUUUGCCAGGAGUCUCUAAGAGAGUGAGAUAUUGAACUGAAAAUUGAAUUACUUUGUACUCAGUAAUUUGAAUUGAUCAGAUCCUUCUUCUGCUGCAACCUCAUGUCAAUCAAAUUUCACACAAGCCACACCUGCUCAGAUAAUCCAACAAAAAUAAACUGUAGAAUGGAAGAGAGAGAGCUACAAUGAUAAGUAUAGCAACUGUGUCACAAGUAUGGGCUAUCUUAACAUUGUAUAUCAUCGUAAAUGAAGAAAUGUUUUGGUUCAUGAGCAAGAACACAGACUUCAAAUGAGCUUUGAAGAAGAUGAACCACUUGUAUUUUAAUACCUGGUGCUUGAUACUGUCCAAGAUUAUAAAUGUUUUUCAGACAAUGGAUGUAAGUAAAUGAUUGGAGAUGAAUGCAGAUUGAAAAAAAAGUCUACAAUAAGACUAGGAGCUAGUGUGAGAAAUCAAUUAAUACCAUGUUAAAUUCUGAAUUUUCUGAAUAUGCAUUGAAUGAUCUUUAGAGAUGGCGGUGCAGAUGUUCUUUUUAUCCCAAGGAAUCAGCACCAUCUUGCAAAUGUUAAAAGCCCAAGUCUUACUGGAAUUUCUGAUCAGGGAUUGAAGUUCAAAGAAUGCAACUUCAUGGCUGUUUUAUCCAUGGUUCUCUUCUCUUUUAAUACAAAUUUGCUUGAGUCUCAUUGAUGGAUUUGGCUUGACAAGCUAACUGGCAUCUUGUUAUUCAAUGCAUUGCUUCUUUCCAGGAGCCAUCAGAUAUGAAGAGAGUCUUGUGUGAUUUAGCUAAAUGAUCUGGAAAGAAAGACCUUGCACUUAAAUAAUGCCAAAGUGACCUCGAAAGAUCUGAAAGUGCCUUAAAACCAAUUAGCAAAGUCCAACAAUUAUUGUAAAUGAGAGAAAUGAGACAGUCAAUAUGUACGCAGCAAGCUCCCUCUACUGUCAAUGCAAUAACAAGGAGAUGGCCUAUUUCAAUGGCAUUGAUCUAAGAAUAAAUAUAAUCCAAAAUUAAAACAUGUGAGACCACAAUCUAGCUUUGAAAACACAAGUGAUUUCUGCUGAUGCUGAAAAUCCUGACUAAUACAAUCAAAAUGCUGGCUGAACUCAUCAAGUCAGGCAGCAUCUAUGGAGGGGAACAAAAAGCCACAUUUUGGGCUGAGACUUUUCAUCAGAAUUUUGCUGUGCAUCCCCCUGGCAUUAUCUCUAAUGCCUAAUGAAGAUUCGGUGUUAGAUAUGAUGAGUCCUGAUGAAGGGUCUCGGUCUGAAAUGUCCUCUGACCUGCUGAAUUUCUCCAGCAGGUUACCUAACUUUGAAAAGCAUUUAUAAAAUUAUUUUAUUAAAUUUAACUUUGAAAUGUGUUUAUUAAAUUUGCCUGGAAAUGUCAAAUGUUAAGAAAUCUGGUAUUGUUUCAUUCUUCGCUAUAUUUUUGUGAUAAAAUAAAAUCUUGAUAUCUCACUGCAA